AUGUGGACGUCACUAGGAUCCCUAAAGGCCCCUGGAGGCCCCAUAUCGACAGGGGGUGGAUUGGGGGUCGUUGGUGGCCACCAACCCCCAAMGCCAGGAAAUCAGGCCCCAGAAGCCUCGCAGGCGUUAACCCAGCCAUCUCUAGGCUGGUUACGCUCAGUUGAAUCGAUCCAGGGGUCUCUAGGCGCCGCCCAGGCGUUGCCACAAGCCCAGAGACCCCAACAGGCCUUCGAAACAGGCCCUGCAGACCAGCUGCUCUCAGGGCUUAGAGACACUAUGAAGGCACCAUUUGGGAGUGGAAUAAGGGUCGCUAAGGCCCCUAGCAACGAAUACAACCUCUGGAAGAGACCCCACGUCGGCUCUGGCGUAGAAAAUGACACUCCGGGCAUCUCAGGCCUGGUUAUGGAGCACUGCAAGGACCUUAUAGGGCCUAUCCUACGAGAACGCGCAGGGCUCAAGACUACUAUCAAGGACCAGGCAGCCCUUAUAGAGUCCCUACGACUUAGGGUGGACCGCCUGGAACGUGUGGUGCAGGCCCUAGAGGCCUCGAAAAYCGUCCCCCCCAGCGCACCUAUAUCCGCGGAGGUUGGGACAAGCGACUCGGUGCCAAGGCCCGUUCCCGAAUCUGGGUUAGCGCCUNAACCGUCCCCCCCAGCGCACCUAUAUCCGCGGAGGUUGGGACAAGCGACUCGGUGCCAAGGCCCGUUCCCGAAUCUGGGUUAG